ACUGACUCAUACGCAAAAACUGAGCGAGUCUUAGUACACUUGAGCGUCCAGUUGUGUAAUACAGCCAUAUUGUGUAAACAAAUUUUCAGUGGAUAUAUAAUGUAAUAUUUAAUCAUAUUUACGUCACUAGUAAAUAUUUGGCAGUGUUACUUGUUUGUGUACAGUGUUGAUUCAGUUAGUAUUUGUCUGAAAGCUGCGUUGGCAACUUCUAUUGAAUUUUUGUAGUGACCUUGCAACAGCUGUUUGACAAUGGAUUCCUUCUUUAGCCUGUUCGACCCUUCAGAGGGUCAAAGCAAGGGCUCCAAUAAGAAUAAACAGCGCAAGCCAGAACAGGAUAAUGUGAAGAAAAAGGCAGACGCUCCUAAAGGCCGUCGUCGCGGCCGGAAGUGUCAAGGGAAGCAGGAGCCUCUACCGGAGGAGUCCUCGUUCCUCUGUGAGCCGCAGCUGUCUGGAGAGGUGCUCGUGCAUGGAGGGUACCUGGACAGCUACAUCAUCAGGGACGAAACAAAACCAGAUUCGGACGCGAAGCCAAAACGGCGCAACUCAAACCGUCGGAACCGCAGGAAAAAGAACAAAAUCUCACCCGGGAAAGACAUUCCCACUAACGCAUGGACUUCUAAAACCUUAGACAACCUCGAAGGGACAUCUAGAACUUCUGAGGAAAUAAAUUUGAGCUUAAACAAUAAGUUUAAUAAGACGAAGCAUUGUAACGAUGCUAUAGGUAAAAACGUCAACGAUUUAUCAGAUUAUAAAAAGAUUAAAAGGAAAAAUUCAAUGGAGGACAUAGAAGAUACCCAGAGAGACUCGUUCGAGUCGCGACAAGUGUACAAUGUCAUUGAGAAAUUGGAGAAGGUCGGGUUGAAAGACGAUAUGUAUCUAUCUGGAUGCCUCACUGAGGAAGAUGAAGAUUUCGACUUCUUCUACAGUUCAGAAGACAUAGACGAGAGUUUUGACGAUACAGCGUCAGACGUAGAAGACUCAGGCGACGAGGCAUACGGCAGUCUACCUCCAGAACCCAGGUUCGGUAACGUGGAGUACAAGCUUCAACUGGUAUCGCCUUGCGAGAGAAGGUUCCAGCAUCUGGUUACGCAGCUGAAAUGGCGCCUGCGCUCGGGCGGCGGCAGCGCGGUGUACGUGGUGGGCGUGCGCGACUGCGGCGCGCUGCGCGGGCUGCGCGCGCGCUCGCUGCGCGCGUCGCUGCGCACGCUGCGCCGCAUGGCCGCCGCGCUGCACGCCACGCUGGCGCACGUCACGGCGCGCCGCCUCGCGCCGCACAGGGCCGUCGCUGAGGUCUACAUUCGGAAGUUGGCAGAUACUCAACAGAGCAUAGAACUGAGGGUAGCAGUCCUAGGAGCUAACGAAGCUGGGAAAUCUACCCUUAUUGGUGUACUAACGCAAGGUGAGCUAGACAACGGGCGAGGCAGUGCUCGUUUGAACAUGUUCCGUCAUCUCCACGAAGUCAAGAGUGGCCGCACUUCGUCUCUUAGCCACGAGAUACUAGGGUUCGAUGCCCAGGGUAACGUAGUAAACUACGGUUGCUCGGAGCUAAUGACAGCAGAGCGCAUCGGGGAGCGUAGCGCCAAGUUGGUGUCAUUCUUAGACUUGGCCGGGCACAGCAAGUAUCAAAGGACCACACUCCACGGACUCUCUGGCUACUCGCCGCACUACGCCAUGAUUGUGAUCUCGGCAACAGCGGGCAUAACCCCGAUAACAGAGGAGCACAUAGCGCUCUUGACAGCGCUGGAUCUACCAUUCUUCGUGGUUAUCAGCAAGAUGGAGCUGGCGCCGUGCGUGCCGCAUCUAGUCGCACGACUCACACAGAUACUGCCCAAAAACAAGAAACCCCUGCUGAUAACAGACGAGAAUGCAGCAAGGAACUGCGUCGCGCCGCAGAAGUUGAUACUGGACGCCAUCGAUGGGGACACGCACUCUAAGACAGAGGAGGAGGAUGAAGCAACAACAGAGUGCGUGCCAGUGUUCCCGACUAGCAGUGUUCGCGGCGUCGGGCUGAACGCCCUACACGCGUACCUGCUCGCCCUGCUGCCGCCCGACAGACCAGCACCGCACAAACAUGAGCACGAGACGUGUGAAUUCCAAAUAGAUGAGGUGUUCCACAUGGGGGACUCCACUGGCCCCGUGGUCGGGGGCCUGCUGGCGAGGGGGCAGCUGUUUGAAGGAGACGACCUUAUUAUAGGGCCUCUGGAGCAAGGCGAAUUCGUUGGCGUGAAGGUGACCUCCGUGUACCGAAAUAGGGCUCCGCACCAGUGGGUGGGCGCCGGGCACGCCGCGUCGCUGGGGCUCACGCCCGCCGUGCCGCUGCGGCCGCGGCCCGGGAUGGUGCUGCUCAGCCGGCCCGAGGCUCCGCCCCUCCGGGACAGGCCCUCCUACCCCGGCACCUGCUCCUGCACCGGCACUCAUCAGAUCCCAAACAUCCUAAACUCCCGUCCAUCGGAGAGCCCGAAAGACCGCAAGAACAUCCGGCGAAAAAACAAGAACUUACUCCUCGACAUCGCCAAAGUCCAAAACAGCCUCAUAAAAGACGAACUGAUUGAGAACAACAACAUAUACCAUGGGAGCGAAAAGGACGGCACGAUAGUCAAAGAUAACGCGCCCAAUGUGCCAGAGAGAGACGGCAGUAAGGAUUAUGGGUAUGAGGUUGAGCUUGAGAAGGAAGGGAGUGAAAAGAGUGGGGAUGAAAAGUGUACGUGCGGUGAUCAAGUGAUGCUCGAAGACCCCAAUGAUCCAAGAGGCUGUAUUUACUUUCAAGCUUCAGUGCACGUGUUAAGACACCCCACUGUGAUAUAUCCCGGGUUCCAAUGCACCGUCCACGUCGGGAACGUGAGACAGACUGCCAUCAUUGAGGGUAUUAUGUCUCACAAGAGCGAGCUCCGCGCGGGCGAGGCGGCGCCCGUCAUGUUCCGCUUCGCGCGCUGCCCCGAGUACCUGCUGCGGGACAGGAGGCUGCUGUUGACUGCAGGAUUGGCCACCAGAGCAAUCGGCAGGAUAACCCAGACAUUCCCCUACGUGCCUUGAAGAGAACCCAAGUUCUGGAGGAAAACGUCGAUGGAUACAAUAACCCCUACAAAUUAAAUAGUCACCUAGAUUUUGACACGAGACGUCUAUUUAAAUAGCACGGGUUAUAGCUUAAUUAUUUUUAACUAAUUCGAUAUUAACUCGUUUAUCCGACCGAUAAGUAAAGUCUAUAAUUAUUACUUAAAACUUGUACCAGCACUCGCGGAGUAUAACCCGGGUGCUUUCAAGGCCAGAUUCAACAGGCACCUUCUGGACGAGCUCAGUCCAUCUUCAUAACAGAUUUAAGAGCCUCGCUCUUGUCGAUGUAGCAUUCUCCAUGCUACUUUUUUAGGGAAAAAUAGGGCAGUAAUUACCCUCUUGCCUUGUAUUAAUAUGUAUACACUUUGGUACCAUGUCACAUUAACUUUUUUGACAAAUUGAACUGUAAGUCUCACUUAUUGUCAAAUAUGUUGCUGCGACAGGGUUCUAAAGUGGGUACAUUAUAUUUCUCAUGACUGUACACAAUAGUAUGCAACUAGAGAAUAUUGAAUAUGUCUUGUACAACGAUUUAGAUAUUGUAUUUAAAAUUAUAUAGCUAAUUAGGUAAUUAGGUAUUAUAAUUAAAUUAUACAUCUAGCGAAUCAAAAUGGCUUCGCCCGGGUAUAACGUAACGGGCGCGAACCUCGGCUCAGGGCGUCGUCUGAGUGGAUAUUUGAAAGAAUUUAUUGACUUCAGUGGGUAGGUAGCGAUAAGCACUGAAUGAGGGAAAUCAUCGACCACGCCAGCAGUUUUUUUAUCUUUAAUAAAACGUAUAUUUAUCUUUUUUUAUCUUAAAACGUAUAUUUUUUAACCACUCUACAUAUUAAAACAAUGGGGUGUCGAUUUUAAAAGUACAUUGGGUCUUACGACAUAAAAUAAAAGAAUAAUACUACGUAUAGAACGGUAACUCUCCGCCUCACACCAAUUCGUAUCGGGCGCGGCACACUAAGAAUAAGAUCUUUGUGGUGGAACCCAACUAGUUGGCCAGCUAGUUCCGCUCACAUGCAACAGAUGGCGCCACAUUCAAUAAUGCAGUCUUCAAGCAGUCGUGAAACGCGAUAUCGAAGUUUACACAACAAGACGCAUAUAUACAACUUCCAACACAACACCGUUGGAUCGUCGCGUCGAUCCCUAGUCACACUACCAACUUGAGGCUAGCGGGGUACUAUGCUCAGAUCGGUACCACGAAUAACAUCCUUUGUAUGGAGUUGGCUUACGUGUUAAAUUACAACAGUAAUUUACAAAAAAAAUGUUACAACACUGUUGUUGAUUUUACCCGAUUUCGCGUAGGAAUAAUAAAAUGCUUUACUAAAUCGAAAGGUACAAUUUUUGCUUUAAGUUAAAAAGAUCUUCAUCGAAUUUAGUUUGAUUUUUAGUUUAGAUUAAGACUAGGUUUAGUUUUUUAAAUUAUAGAUUUUUUUCUAGUUUUCUACUAACAAUUUGGUUUUUAAAACCGCCAGUGAAGAUUUAAAAUUUAUAAAAAAGUAGUCUGCAAGAAAGGUUCACAUUUAUUUAAAAAAAUAAAAGGCAACUACUUAAUGUUGUCUAAAAAUAUGUGAAUAUUGUACCCACUUCCAAAUUUUUUAAUAGAUGUUAGACAUUUUUAGCAAAAGCUCACAAAAUUUAUCAAUUUUUAAUGCAUAAACUGGCAACAUUAAUCUCACUCCUCCAAUCAGAACACGGCGCAAGGCGUUGCAAUGUUGCCAAUUUAUACAUAAAAAAUGUAAUUUAGGUGUGAAAAAAUAGUAUUAUUUAAUCAAAGUUAUUUUAUAGUAUAGAUUAUAAAAAAUCUAAAAAUUGGUUGAAAACUUUUUGCAAUAUUUUUCCUUUUGUAACGUUAAAAAGCAAUGCUUUAUAAAACUGUGAUCAUUGCGGAAAAUAUUUUUUUUUUUAAAUAUAGACGUCUUUUUUUGAGAACAGACAUAAACUAUUUAUUUUAGUUUGACAUCUCAAAAAUAUGUUCUAUAACUUUACACUCAUCGUAAGCGACGGAUGGUUAUGUCUAGCGGUCUGCCGCAACUCUCAAUAUAAGAAAUAAUGUAUGAUAUAUUUAUCUAAACCUGGACCAAUUCUGAAUUGGUCAUAAAAAAAUAUAAAUAAAUAAAUGAAAUAACAAAAAGCAGAACUCAAUUUGUAAUAUCGAUAUUUAUAGAUAAUUUACUGCACAGCUCUAGUAUUGCCAACAUAAGCGCACGAUGUAACUACUUUCAUGCUAUCAAGUUGGUAAGGAAAAUCUAGCCUUGUUUUUGACAUAAGUCUAUAACGAUUUAUGCA